GUCGGUUCGAUCGUUCUUGUCUCAGCAGUGGUAGACUUCAUUCCUAGUCUUCCUCUUCGUGUUCUGGAGCUUGAUCAAGACAGCUCGCCACCGAAUUCAGAACCGACCGGCUGUAAGUAAGAAGGAAGGAAUAGAGGCUUUUUUCGAACAAAGUGGCUUGCCAGGGUGCCAUUUUGAGUUUGGCAGUUUCCAGGCUCAUUUUCCGUAUUGACGGUGUUGAAAGGUUCUGGGGAAAUGGCGUUAUCCAUUGGCAAUUCUCGAUUUCAUUGGCUUUGGGCUGGGGUGCUGUCUGAUCAACCCGAUCAACCGCCCUGAGACUCGAAAAGGAAGCUCAGAAAAGGGUAUUUAACCCGAAUUUACGGAAGCAGUGGUGAGAAACGCCUCCAUUGCUCCAGAGUCUUGGUACUCGGGAAGAUUUCACCGGUCAACGAUCUGAGCCACACCCUAAAAUUUUACGAGCAUUUGGUGUGGGUGGCGAGUUCCCUGCAACUGAGUUGGGUUGGAUUGGAACACGCCACGUGGGAUUGGAUAUCAUCUGUUGAGCAUGGUUUCACGGCAGUGGAACCCUACUCUAAACAUGAUUAUACUGUUCUAAAUCUGGCCCAAAUUAACGUGAUCAUCUAUCUGGAAGCCUCGACUAAGAAAGCUAUCCAGCUAAACGAAGCCUGUCGUCAAGCCAAGUCUGUGGCCUUUAUUUGGGCUACUUCUUCAACCGACAACUCUGGACUUACGAGUUUGUUCGUUGAUCCAGGACUGAACCGAUUCUCUAUCAAUCCAGAUGGAUUUUGCCGUCAAGACUCCAGGGCAGUUUUGGUUGGAAGCACAACUAAGACUUCUCCGCCUUUGGUUGCUUGCAAUAUUGCUCACGGAUUAGAGUCGGGCCAAAAAGUUCGCAUUUGUGGAGAAAACUUCAUAACGGAAGUUGUGUCAAACAAAGAGUUUUAUGCAAUUCAAAUCCAAUCUGGAUCGGAAGAGAAACGAGUCCGAAGAGCCAUAUCGGGACAAGCAAUUCUCAAAGUGCAGUCUGUUGCAGAUGACGAAGAGCAUUCCUUUAGUGACCUAUAAUCGCAACUUUGGGAUCCCUCAUUUCCUGAUAAUCUUGAACAAGAACAGCUCGGUAAUCAUCUCGCUUUCCUUGGUGAAGCAUUUCCAGAAAUCGCAAGAAGCGACGUCUUGGACAAAUUGACAAAGACUUGCCAGAGAAAGGCAACCCUGACUGGGGAGAUAUCCACUUGGAAAGGGCCUGUAAGCGUCAAGUACGGCUUCUUAGCGAGUCAGAUCUGUCAUCAAAUCUUGAAUUUGUGCUCGCUUAGAUAUCCACCUCUAAAGCAAUGGAGCCACUUCAAAUGUCCUAUUGUCACUUCCACAUGCCAAACGCCAUCAACGAGGGUGGCUAUUUGUGGGCUCGGAAUCGCUUCGGUUGCUCUCGUCGAGGCUAUUGUCAGAAACUGUCAGAAUUGGGUAUCCAAGGUUUUUCUUUGUGGUAACCAAGUUGUUCAAGAUGAUCUCGUGGCCAACGCCAAUCCCAAUAUCUUCAAGAAGGCCGACAUUGGGAAAUCCGUGGGAGCUAUCUUGGAAGAUUAUCUGAAGAAAAUUGGGGCAACUUUUAGCGUCGAGCAUUUACCCUCAUUGAUUCCCGGGAAUUUGUCGAAAUUCCCGGCAGACUUUCUCCAGGCAUCAGUUCAAGUCUUUCUGAGUUGCGAUGAAUCAUGGGACAAUCGAAGAUUCAUUGGAGAGAUCAGCUCUGGCGGGUCAUGUCCAGAGCAUUGUCCCUCAUCGAACUGAAUCUUACAAUUGUAUUCCAACUCCAAUUGAGCCCACAUUUCCGUUCUGCGUCAUCAAAUCAUUCCCUCAAACCCACGAACACGCCAUAGCAUGGGCAACCAGUAAAGUUGAGAGUCUUUUCGAAACCAAGCCCGAGAUUUUCAAUGAUUUUUGGAAAACGUAUGGGGAUGCAUUGGAUGACCUAGCUGAAGGUCAAAUGCCUCAAGAAUGUUUGCUAGUUAAGAAGGUCCUAAACGAAUGGCAAUGCACCAGUUGGAAUGAUUGUGUAAUUUUGGCCAGGAACAAGUUCGAAAAGUACUUCAAUCAUAAAGCACUACAACUUCUGGUUAAUUUUCCCUCCGAUGUUGGGAAUUCCACGGAUAGCAAUUUUUGGGCGUACCCAAAACAAGAGCCACGCCCUGUCACGUUCGAUCCUACCAAAGAUUCUCACCUAAAAUUCGUUACGGAACUGGCGAAAGCUUUUGCGAGGAUGAUGAACAUACAUCCAUUGGAGGAGACAAUUGCCACAGAUGUCCUUAAGAAGGUCCAAGUCCGUCCGUUUAUAUCUAAAUCCAAGACAUUUGUCACCGAUGAUUCAGUUUCAAAGGAAGAGGCAAAGUCCAAUGAGAGCACUCUUGAUCACGAUAUUUUCAAUGAUCCCGCCAAACGAACUCAAUUUAUAAAGCAAUUGAAAGCUGCCCGGCUAAAGACACUCGACGUGAGUUCUCUGGAUGUUUCUACAAAGGAUAGGUUGGUGUUUGUGUUCUCUCAGAUGCGUUGCGAAAUGUACGGCAUGGCCAAACCCGAAGCAUCCGAGAUAUUCUAUACAGCAAAUCAGAAAUGUCCUUGCUUACCCUCCAUGCUUUCAACUUUGGCCAAUUUGGUUACUAUGGAACUUUACAGGAUCUCUUCGGCCAUGGACCAAGAAGGUAAAUGGCCUCUCGAUUUUAUUCCAAUGAACUACUGGUUCGCCGGAAUGACCUCCGAAGUGAUUUGCGCUCCAAGUCCAAUGGCCAAAGUUAUUCAUUCGACCAAUGACAAGUUUCAAUGGUCACUUUGGAGUGAGCUAGAGAUCCAAGGAUGGGCUGGAAUGACGGUUCAAGAAUUUCUGGAUUUAUUGGUCGAACAGCAUGAUUUAGACGUCACCAUGGUGGUUCAGGGAUCAAAGAUGAUCUAUGUUCAAGCACUUCCCAUGCAUGCCAAACGUAAAAUCAAGCCAUUAUGCGACUUUUUGAAGCCAGGUCCAAAUAAGUGUGCCACCCUCAGUACAACCAUCCGAUCGAAACAAAGUCAAGAUGAUAUCGAAGGCCCGCCAAUCCAAUUGAGGUUGCCAAUGAAGUGAUCCUGAUGUUAAUUGGUCCACACCACAUUCAGACAUCAUGAAACACGUCUCGUGAAUAAAAACAACAAUCAAUGCAA